AUGACUGGUUCCUACUGCGCGCAGUGUGGCCAUGUGUGUAGGUUGGCAGCCUUGCGCAGAGCGCCGUGUCUGUCGGCGCCGACCCGCCGCGGCCGCGGGCCGCUGUCCCGCCACUCAGGGCAGUCGCUCGAUGUCUGUUGUGAACGCAGCGGACUGUCUCCGGCCCCACCAACACCGAACAACGCGGCGCGCUUUCCCGCCAACGUUCGCCCACAGCUGGCGCAGUUGACAGCGUGCAGCGACUGCAGUCGCAUGACUGCACAUGCUACUUCUACAUCCUCGAGCGCCGAUAUCUUCGCUACGAAGGCAGGGUUCUACUUUGCUAAUCGUUACCUCUCCCUCUGGGAGGACGUUCCGUGGUCGGGACUGCGCCCACGGCAGGCGUGCGCCGUGGAGUCUGCGGUGCACCACAACCCUGGACGACCCGUCUACCUGCUGCACACGUGUGAAGCGCCCGCUUCAGGCACGUGGCUGCCGGCCGGAGCCACAGCUGUACACGUGACGACGGAGGAGUUCCUAAGAGACACCCCGCUCUACGCUCCACUCAUAGAGAACGGCGCCCUCGCCGCCAGCAGGUGGCCCGUCCACCACGCCUCUGACGUCAUGCGGCUCGUCGCGCUCUGGAAGUACGGUGGCCUCUACCUGGACCUGGACUUCGUCGUACUGAGAAACCUUUCACAGAUGGGUGAAAACUGGAUUGCAGCAGAGAGCGCUUCUUCGAUCGCCAACGGUGCAAUGCAUAUGUCGUUACGCCCGGGUUCAGCAGGAGAGGAGUUGGCUAACACCUACAUGGAAACUCUUCGGACGGACUUCAACGGGCAGCAAUGGACGUCCAACGGCGGCGCAAUACUCAAGAAGUUGCUGACUCGACGUUGCAACGUCAACAAGGUAAUACGUAUGAGGAACUGUCGUGGUUUCCGAGUUCUGAGGCCGCUGCUGCUGUACCCAGUGCCCUUCGAGAGAUGGAGGAGGUACUUUUCUGAGGAGGACACCAGAAGCACGCUAGCUGUGAUGCACCGAGCUUACGCAGCCCACGUGUGGAACAAGGUCAGCGAGGAAGCUGACGUCGUGCCACAAAACUCAGUCUACGCUACACUCGCCCGCGAAAAUUGUCCGAACUCCUUCAGGGCUGCCGCUGGACACUUCUAAUAGUGCUUCUCGUUUUGUACAGAUUAAUCGUUCCAGUAAUUCGUAAACCCGAUGCUGCCCAAAAUUGUUCAGAUGUACUCUGAUGGGCUUCACCUUGUGGCGAUACGACAUAGACAUCUGACCUUCUUGACUUGCCUAAUAUUCCGACCCUCCAUUUGAGAAGUAAUGAGCUACUUUUGUGUAGAAAUAGCUGAAAUGUAGUAAUUGAAAAAAAAAUGUAUCUCAGGACUCAAAUCCAGUACUUCUCAGGUAAAAUCUG